AUGGCCGCCGAUGUUGAGCGCGACCCGAAACCUGUCAGUUUCUUCACCCUUUUCCGGUACCACUCUUGGCUCGACAUCUUUCUCAAUCUCCUGGGCUGUGUUUGUGGCGCGGCAGCCGGAUCCGCACAACCGUUGAUGACCAUAUUGAUGGGUCGGCUGGUUACGCAGUUUGUGAACUUCACUGUCGCCCUAGCUUCUGGGGAGUCGUCUCAGAUUGCGGAAGCCAGUGCUGAAUUCAAGGACGCCGCAGCAAAGAACGCUUUAUAUCUAGUAAUCCUGGGUAUCGGAGCCUACGUAGUGGUCCACACCUACAUGUUUAUAUGGAUAUAUACUGGGGAGAAAGCUACCAAACGGAUUCGUGAGGAGUAUUUGAAAGCCCUUCUACGACAGAAUAUUGCAUUUUUUGAUACACUCGGUGCGGGCGAAAUUGUUACUCGAAUUCAGUCAGACACCCACAUUAUUCAAAUUGGCAUCAGCGAAAAGGUCCCCCUCAUCGCAUCGGCUUUAUCCGGAUUUCUCACAGGCUACAUCGUUGCCUAUGUUCGAUCGUGGCGACUUGCCCUAGCCCUGUCGUCAAUCCUUCCUUGCGUCCUCCUUAUCUUCGCGGCAUUCUUCUCAUUCCACUCGAAAUAUGAAGAAAUCAGCCUCAAGGCCAUCUCCCAGGGAGCUACCAUCGCCGAGCAGGUCAUCUCCACCAUCCGUACAACGAAGGCACUUGGUGCAGAGAAGAAGCUCUUUGCCGUCUACCAGGAAUUUGUGAACACCGCGGCCAAAGCUAUGCUCACCACUACCUUUAUUGAUGGCGCGCUCUUUGGCAUCUUCUUUUUUAUUCAAUACGGCGCCUACGCACUCGCCUUCUACUAUGGAACCACGCUGAUUCUUUACGGGAUCGGGAAUGCUGGCACGGUUGUGAACGUUUUUCUCUCUCUCGUCACCGGUUCAUUAUCGUUGAUCCUGUUGAUGCCAUUCUUGGAGAAUAUUAGUAACGCUCGCGUUGCUGCAGCUAAGCUAUUUGCGACUAUCGACCGUGUACCUACGAUUGAUUCAGCAUCCGAGGAAGGUCUACGGCCUGAAGUGGUUCACGGUCAUAUUACCUUCGAAAAUGUCCUUUUCGAAUAUCCUAGCCGACCCAAUGUCAAGGUGCUCAAAUCUGUAAACAUGACCUUCGAGGCGGGGAAGUCCACUGCUCUUGUCGGCCCUUCUGGUUGCGGAAAGUCUACGACGGUGGCACUUGUCGAGCGAUUUUACGACCCUCUCAAUGGAUCUAUCAAACUCGAUGGUCAUGAUCUACGAAGCCUCAACGUCCGCUGGCUCCGAUCACAAAUUGGGCUUGUCGGGCAAGAACCUGUGUUAUUUGCUACCACAGUCAAGCAGAACAUCGCUUACGGCCUGACGGGCACACCUUGGGAGAACACAAGUGUAGAAGAACAGUUCAGACUCGUACGAGAGGCAUGCAUCAAGGCUAAUGCAGAUGGAUUCAUCUCAAAGCUUCCUGAGGGAUACGAUACGAAUGUAGGACAGGCGGGAUUACUCCUCUCCGGUGGUCAGAAGCAACGCAUUGCCAUCGCUCGCGCCAUCGUCUCUAACCCCAAGAUCUUGCUUCUUGAUGAAGCCACUUCCGCUCUCGAUACCAUGUCUGAAAGAGUGGUACAGAAUGCUCUGGAGAAAGUAUCCCAAGGCCGGACGAUUAUCACUAUUGCCCACCGCCUAUCGACCAUUAAGAAUGCAGACAAGAUCUAUGUUCUGAAUGAAGGCUCACUCGAGGAGGAGGGAACUCACAAUGAGCUCCUCAGGAAUCCAGAUGGUCCAUAUUCAGUUCUCGUUCAUGCACAACAACUACGCGAGCUUGCGGAAAGAGCAGGUGAUCCCGAAAAGGUCCCCCUGCCACCGCAUGUAGAUCAGGUUGUCGUAGCGGAUGAGGAAGGACAGGAAGAGAGAUCAACUGAUAUCCCUCUACGGCGGAUCGCAACUGGCCCAAGUGUGGUCAGCGAGGCAUUUAUCAAACGCAGUCCCAUGGAGGACGAUGAAGAGGGGAAAAGACGAUAUCCAUUCACAGUCAUCGUCAAACGACUCGCGCGACUCAAUCGUAGGGCGCUUCCGUAUUACAUUUCCGGAGCUCUGUUUGCCACCGCAAACGGCAUGAUCUAUCCCCUCUUCGGUAUUGUCUUUGCCAACGCCAUCAACGGUUGGUCCAGCACAGAUCCCACAGAGAUUCGACACGCAGGGAAUCAUUAUGCACUGCUUCUCUUCAUAAUCGCAAUCUGCUCAGGAAUCCUGUUCGCCGGUCAGAAUUCCAUGACGGAGGCGGCGUCUGUUGUUCUGACGCAACGUAUACGAGCGUUAUCCUUUGAAACUAUUAUGCGGCAAGAUGUUGGUUGGUUUGACGACGAACGCCAUUCCGUAGGCGCUCUAACCGCGGGCCUCUCGGAGAACGCCCGAAAGGUCGGUGAUGUUGCAGGCGAUACACUGGGCACUUUGUUCCAAGCAGGUAUCACCGUAAUCGGCGGUGGCAUUGUUGGUCUGUGCUAUGGCUGGAAGUUGAGUCUAGUGGGGCUUGCAUGUGUGCCAUUCCUUCUAAGCGCGGGAUAUCUCUUCCUGCGAGUUGUCAUGUUGAAGGAUGAACGAGAUAAGCUUGCACAUGAGGACUCUGCUCAGUUUGCCUGCGAAGUGGCCAGCGCGGUCCGAACCAUCGUGUCGCUGACGCGGGAAGAGGCCUCAUACCUCCAGUAUCGCCAUUUCCUUGACCAACCAUUCCGAAAUGCAAAGAAAACGGCAUUAGUCAGUGGAGGCUUCUUUGGCCUGAGCCAGGGGUGCCCGUACUUCGUCAUCGCCUUGAUGUUCUGGUACGGAUCUCGACUGGUGGCUUCGCAAGAGUAUACCACCGUACAGUUCUUCGUCUGUUUGAUGAGCGGAACUUUCGGCGUAAUGCAAGUUGCUACAAGUCUCUCGUUCAUGCCGGAUGUGUCUUCGGGGGCAAUGGGAAGCAGGAAACUCUUUGAACUACUUGACUCGACUCCUGAAAUUGACACGGACUCGCCGGAUGGCAAGCACAUUCAGCAGUUGAAGGGGCAGGUUGCGUUCCGCAAUGUCCAUUUCCGGUAUCCUACGCGUCUCGAGGUUCGGGUUCUUCGAGGACUAAAUCUGGACGUUCAGCCCGGUCAGACGGUUGCUGUUUGCGGGCCUAGUGGAUGCGGCAAGAGUACUACGGUUCAACUUAUUGAGCGAUUCUAUGAAGUACUGUACGGAGUGAUCUAUGUCGAUGGCAUACCUCUUCCUGAGCUCAACGUGGCAAAUUAUCGAAAGAACGUUGGGAUUGUUUCACAAGAACCAAAUCUCUAUGCGGGGUCUCUGAAAUUUAAUCUUCUACUCGGCGCUACGAAUCCUGACGAGGUCACACAAGCUGACCUCGACGAAGCCUGCCGUGAGGCGAAUAUCUUAGAGUUCAUCAAAGGGCUCCCCGAAGGACUUGAUACGGAUGUAGGGAACAAGGGUACGGCCCUGUCCGGUGGCCAGAAGCAGCGUGUGGCGAUCGCGCGCGCGCUGAUACGCAAGCCCAAAAUUCUUCUGCUUGAUGAAGCAACAUCGGCCCUCGACUCGACCUCUGAACAUGUGGUCCAGCUGGCCCUUGAUAACGCUGCUCGAGGACGCACAACCGUGACAGUUGCUCACCGGCUAAGUACCAUUCAAAAUGCGGAUCGUAUCUAUUUCAUGCAAGACGGAAGAGUCGCAGAAGCCGGGACGCAUGACGAGCUGGUGAAACUGCGUGGCGGCUACUACGAAUUAGUACGCCUCCAGGCGCUCACAAGAGGAGGGCAGUGAAGGACUUUUUGCGUCCACCUACUUACGACUCUAGCAGAUGACCUCCGUUCUUAUACCCUUCCUUGAUGUUCAUCCUACGUGCACAAGUCCUUUCAGGUGUUCCAGUCUCACCUUCACGUUCUUUACUCAGACGUGGGUAUAACACAAUGUCAAUGUUCAUAAUAGAUGGAAAC